AUGGGAGAUUCUCAACAACAAGACACGAAAAAGAGGGCAGUCUAUGAACCGUGGACUAAGGAACAAAGCGAUGUAUUGUUAGAAAUUUUGGUUGAGUCUGCAAAACGGGGAUGGCGUGAUAAUAGUGGUAUAUUUAGCAAAGCUACUGUUGAAGAAAGAAUACUACCUGCUCUUAAUCAAAGACUUCGGUGUAAUAAGACUUAUAACCACUACCUAAGCCGUAUCAAAUGGUUUAAGACCCGUUGGACUGCUUAUUCAACACUCAUGAAGUUUAACUCUGGUUUUGGCUAUGACAACAACGCUAAAAAGUUCACGGCCCCGGAUGAAGUUUGGGAUGCAUACUGUCAGGCUCACCCAAAAGAUGCAUACUUGCUCCAUGGGAAUUGUCCGGAUUAUGAAGACUUGGAAAUUGCUAUUGGAAACGGUGUGGCGGUAGGGAAAAACUCAAUUGGAUUGGGUAGUGCUACUGAUGCUAGGACACUAGGAGCUGAUAAAAAAUAG